ACAGGGAAGCUGCUUGGCAACUUGGAACGUGUCUGAAGCUUCGAUCCACGGGAUGAAGCAACGGCAUAACGGUCCCCAAUGGCUCCAGGGCACAGCUGCCCUCAGGGGGGGUUGGAUCAACCCAUCAAGCCCAAAAGACGCGCUUCGCGUCCACUUCGGUCACCUCGGGCUUCGGGGCUUCGGCGUCGCCAUGGCCAGCGAUGCGCCGCUGCAAGGGUUGAAUCGACUGCAACUGCUUUGGAGACUGAAGGUUGCCACUGCGACGGUGAUCUUUUGUCUCUCCGUCUCGGCAGUGCCGAUCUACAACAAGCUGGUCUUUGCCCAAGGCGUGUGUGAUGGAGCUGGAUGCCUUCGGAAGUAUCCCUAUCCCGUUGCGACGGCCUUCCUUCAGCUUGCUUUGGUCUCUCUGGUCCUCGCCUUGUUCAACACCGUUGGCCACUUCUGUUGCGAUCGGAACCAGUCCUGGAUCUUCGGCCCACAUUUCAGGUACAAAUUGAGACAUGUGGCGCCUGUCGGCAUCCUCUUUGGCCUCAAAUAUGGGGUCACCAAUUGGGGGUUGCAGCUGGUGCCCGUGGGUAUUCACCUCUUGUUGCAGUCCACCGAUGUGAUAUGGACCAUCUUACUCGCGGCAUUUGCCAACGAGGAGGACAUCGGUCUCAUUGAGGGAGUUGCAGCUGUCCUGUCAGCCGUAGGUUCCAGUUUGAUCGGCCUGCACGCCAUGGAUACCUUGGAAGCUCCACUGGUACCGCUUCUCGUGAAUCUGGUGCCGCCGUUUCUCUUAGCACUCUGUGUUUCGACCUUGCGCAUGGGUGCCAGUGAACUCUUUCGGCUCGAUAACCGUUUAGAAGGGACCAUCAGCCCCACAGAGUUCACUUGCAUCAAGUUGGCCUUAAGUUCCUUAACCGCUUUGGGCUUGGCCAUGAUUUGUGAAUCCGGUACAGACAGCAAAGCAUCCUGGUGGAGUGCACUCCUCGCAGAAAGCCCUACUGGGCUGCUACUGAUGCUGUUGGGAUGCAUUUUUGUUCUGAUCUUUCAGGUGAACCUCACCUGGCUGGCGGGCCUCACCUCGGCGGCCACAGUGGGCAUCAUUGGAGGGGUCAAGGUGAUACCUCAGUGGACGAUGAAUGCCGUCUUCCAGCUCAAGGUGGACCUGUCUCCUCUGAACAUCUUUGGCGCACUGCUGGUGCUGCUGGCGACAAGCCUCUAUGCUGCGGCAAGCUCUGGAAAUUCCAAGCUGGUUCUGCGAACCCCAAUGUCCUGCGCGUCAACCUCAAGCCCCAUGAGUCUCAGGUGGGAGUCGCGAAACAUCGACCUCACGGAGAAAUUCUUAGAGCCAGGAAGUUGUAAGUCGACUUCACACGUCUUCUUCGCCACCCCCGGCGUCUUGCUGGACACGGCGGUCAGCACGCGGCCCCACCGGGCCUCAUCACUUCCCUGA